AUGGCAAGUAAAAUGGAAACCAGCGAUUUUGACGAGGAGUUUCUGACGUGCGCGAUCUGCAUGCUGAACUUCCGGGACCCCAAAAUCCUGCCAUGUCUGCACAGCUUUUGUAGGGAGUGUCUGCAAGACUGGGCCGCCAAACAGCAGCCGCUGGAGUGUCCAACCUGCCGCGAACCGGUCAGGCUACCGGACCAAGGUGUGGACGGACUCAGGACCAACUUCUACGUCAACAACCUGCUGGACUUCGCGGCGGCCAAGAAAGGGGCGGAGCCAGGUGUGCCGUGCCAGGUGUGCGAGGGAAACGCGGAGGGGUCAAAGUCUUGGUGUGUGGAUUGCGCCAUCUUAAUGUGUGACUUAUGUACGCUGCACCACCGUAAGUUUCCAUAUUCGAAGGAUCACGAAGUCGUCGCUGAAGAAACCCUCAAGGUAGAAAAAGACGCAGGUAAAUUUCACCGCAAGCGACACUGUCCAAAACACAAGAACCAAGAACUGGUCUUCUGCUGUGAGAACUGUAACGCUUUGGUUUGUACGGCGUGUACCGUGGUCGACCACCGACCGGGCAAACAUCACAAUCCCGUAGAAAUCGCCACUGUCGCUCAGAGAAGGAAGGCGGAACUGCAAGGGCUUCUGCAAAGCAUAGACCCGCGUCUGAAAGAAAUACAGGACGCUGUCAAGGAUGUUGACAUCAAGAUCUCAAAGUUAGUCCCCUCGAAAGAAGAAGCCACAGACCUAGCCAAGGCGUACUUCCGCAAACUUGUUGACUUUUUACAAAAGCGUGAAGAGGACAUUUUGAGCCAGAUUGACGAACAGUGCCGAGCCGACGGCAAGGCUCUACUGGCAAAGAAGGAAGCGAUAGAGUUCGAGUUGGCCGGACUGACGAGCGCACAAACGUUCUGCCAACAAGCUGUAGAACACGGAAGUGACGUGCACGUUCUGGAGGUAGGAAACCAAGUCCAAACAAGGGUGGAAACUUUGCUGACAAAACGGCUGGACUUGGAGUCCGACUGGAGCGAGUUUCAGUUCGUCGAGAACACGACUGUUGUUGACGUCGAAAAAGAAGUUGACAAUUUCGGUGGCGUAAAGACAAACGUCGAUGUUUCGAAGUGCAAAGUUGCUGUAAAACCGGCGGUCCUGAGGUUCCAGUGCGUCGCUGAGCUGACGACACUGAGUAAAGAGGGUCGUCAGAGUGUUACAAACAAUAAAGCCGUUAAAGCUGACAUGAAAGACCCGUCUGGAAAGGACUUGCCGACACAAGUACAGAUGAAGAGCAGGGGCCUGUGGGAAAUCUCGUACACACCCGAGGUUACGGGUAUCCAUAAGUUAGAGGUCAAGGUCAACUCGCAACAUGUAGCAGGAAGUCCGUUUGACGUUGAUGUGAAGGGGAACCCCGUGUUGACUAUCGGACAGGAGGGCAGCGGGGUGGGGGAACUGAGCUGGCCGGCAGGUGUCGCUGUUGAUAAGGACGGUAACAUCGCAGUGUUGGAGCGCGGGAACAAACGAGUUCAGGUCUUCAAUGUUAACACAGGUCAGUCUUUGCGUAGCUUCCCUGUUGAAGGUGAGAAGCCACUCGGCAUUGCUGUGGACUCCGAGGGAAGGUUUCUUGUGACGUCGUGGGGCGAAAAUUACGGACUGAGACGCUACUCCAAGGAAGGCAAACUUUUGAACACAUUUAAGCCUGACUGUUUGCGCGGUCCGCACGGCGUUACAGUUCUGAAGGACGGCCGCAUGGUUGCGGCGGACUACAAACAGCAGUCGUGUCUCCUCCUGCAGCCUGACGGGAGCCUCAUCCGGGAGAUCGGCAAGGGGCAGUUACGGGUGCCACGCUACGUCAGGGUAGACGAGUCACGUGAUGUGCUGUUCGUCACAGACAAGGUCGCACACAAAGUAUUCGCGUUUGACCUUGACGGAAACCUGAAGUUCGACUUUGGACGGCAAGGAGACAAUGAUGGCGAACUUCAAAUGCCAAAAGGUGUAACAUCAGACCCGGCAGGUAACAUUAUUGUAGGUAGCGCGGGAGACAGCCUUGUGCAGGUGUUCGCGCCUGACGGGACUUUCAAACAGAAACUGGGACCAGUGAAAGGGGGAUAUUCCGGUGGAGUCACUCUGACUCCUGAUGGUUACAUAGCGGUGGCGUGCUUUAGAGGACAUUGUGUAGAACUGUACAGGUACAUGUGAGCACAGACCAACCUGGCCAAUCGCCAUUGUACAUCAGCAUCUUUCUUGACCAGGUGUUGUAGUGUACUCAUUUUCUUGUUUGUUGAUGUUUUAAAAUCUUGCAUAAAGUGAACAAUGUGUAACGUUGAGUCAUACAUAAAACUAGUUCAAAUAUAUAUAUGUGUGUUAAAGGUUUAAAAAGAUAUA